UUUUGUGGUAUCAGAUAUCUAUAUUUUUUUUCAUCGCCAAAUACAGCGCGUUCAUACAGUUUUCGUAUCUCAGACGUUUUCCAAACUGAAGGGUUUUUUAUUCGUGCAAUUUUAACGUGCGAAGUGAAUAUAUGAAUAUUUACUAAAACCCUUCACUUUCAAAAACGUUUUUUGGAAUGACUAAAUCUAAACUGUCGUAGCGUAACUCUUUAUUUCCUUCUCUUUGUUGUAUCGGGAAAUGUCUACAUUGACACUAACAUUUAACAUAGCAAUACGAAACCUUACAUGAUUAAAAAAAAAAACAUUUUUUCCAAGAUUAAUUUGGUAGGUGCGUCACGCAGAAAGAUUGAAAUACUGAGCAAUGGAUUUCCGAAAGAAACAAGUUAUGCAAUAAGUACGAAUUUCUGCAAGGUGCAAGGACAAUAGAACAAACAUUAAGUAGGUUCUUCGGUAUAUAACUCAAGCAUGGCAGAGGUGUCACACCUAGCGUCAUCGCAAGAUUUCUAUCAGCAAUGCCAUCGUCAUCCUCAAUUAUUGAGUGCUUAGAGGACUAUAGUGACAUCAAAUCAUCUACCAGUGAACAACACGUGGAUCUCGCCAACCAUCGAAUGAAACGAGAUGGUGAUGAUAUUCAGAAGUUCAUGUAUUGCUUUAAGGAACACCAUCCUUUUGAACUUCGAUCUUCCUUGAUUUCCUUGUCGUCUGGAGUUGUCGGUACGGUUACUACAGGUUGCCAUCUGGCAUUCGAGAAAGGGAAAAAAAAGUAUGGAAUUGAUGAUGGGAAAAGUGGUGGUCGACUCUUCUCUAAUAUUUCAACGUAUUUCGGUUCUGUUUCGUGGUGACGAAGUACAGACACGGAAAGCAUUCGAAUUCUAACUUUCACCGUAUCCCUUAUCUCUGUUCGACGACGUUGGUCUCAUGGGGAAAACAUCGAAGUCCGAACUUUACAAACCAUUCAAGCCGUACGUUAUCCAAACGAAAAGUUUGAUCCGCAACACGACCUUUGUCAUCGAUGGCGGAUUUCUACUGGAAGUGGAACAUCAUUUCAUGUAAUUAACGAAUUAUACCACUCGCAUAUCAUCACCAAAUACGGAGAAAAUUCUUCGCUCCUCUUCGAUGGAUACAGCAACGAACAUAUUGGCAUAAAAUCGUACCAGAGGUACCGCCGAAGACAACAAAAUAUGGCACCGGAUAUCAAGUUCACAGAGAGCACCCUCGUCACUUUGAGCCAAAAAUGAUCUCUGUCGAAUGUGAUGAACAAAAUGAAACUGGUGCAGGGACUGUCGGAAUUUUUACGUAGCCGUGGUGUGAACGUGAAAGUUGCACAAGAAGAUGCGGACACGCUUAUAGCGAGGACAGCGAUUCAGCUAAUUGUAAGGCAAAGUACGGGCUGCGACGUGGCAGUUGUUGGUAAUGACACCGACCUGCUGGUUUUAUUGAUCGGUUUAGCAUAUUCCAGCCCUCUGUAUUUUUACGAGAUCUCGCUAACUGGUAAAAAAAAUACUUUGUAUUAUACAGAAGACCAUGCACAUCUGAAUCCACAGGAUUGGGGCUGGAAGAGAACGACCACGAUGAUGAUUCCUGUCAUGAACGCUAAGAAAUCAGCGCCUGACAAUUCGUUAACGAUGGUACAAUCUGCAUGCACUGAACAGUGCAAACACUAUGGAGGACAAUCCUGUUCCAACUUUUCAAUCAGCACGGUCGAUGAUGACGUUACAGCAGAAGAAAGAGACGAGGAUAACGAGGAUAUUCCAAUUAAUGAAUUCCUAGAUAUUGCCGCAGAACUCGAUCCCGAUGAUAUUGAUGACGAGGAAGGUGGCGAAAGUGACGAAGAAGAGGAUGUAGAAAUCGAAUACGAUUUUGAAGCGACGUAAAUAAAUGAAUAGAUUUUGUGUUUCGUAAAAAAUUCGUCUCAUCUUUUGUUCUCUAAAUGUUCGAACCACCCUUCAGUG